UGAAAAUUGCCCAUCUAAGCUCAAUUUGCUCUAUCAUAUGCUCCUUCAAGCUACUUUCAAAAUCCUAAGGUUAAAUGUUACAUUCCGUAGAGCCGCUUGCUUUCCUGUUAUGGCAAGAAAGGUUGCAAUUCAGGAAAAUCAAAUAAAUAGGUAAAUAAAGGAGUUUUUAUUGUCAGUGACAGAGACAUUAAAAAGCAUUAUCGAGUUCUUCACGCCGGGGCAAGCGAGUUGACAAUGGGGGAAGUGGAAGGGGACCAAUCAAGUCGCAAGGGCUGCGGUAGCAGAAGUAGCAGACGGUUGGAUGUAAUUAAAAGGGAUUCGGCGAAGUCUAUUUCCAGCAUCUUUCCCGCCAAUCUCAAUUGGCUUGGUUUCAGUGAGUUCAAGAGAUGAGGAUUUCCCUCGGGUGAUAGGGGAAUUUCUUUUUUACAGAGGAACCAUCUUGGUUUGUAUAUUAAGAAUUCAGGGCAUCCAGCUGAGUUUAGAUAAUCUUUAAUUUUAAGCAAUGCACUUCUUACAAGAUAAUCCAUUUGAAAUCCAGUAGUAAACUCCAAGCCUCAGAAUAACUUGUAUCUUUUGCAACCUCUAGGAUUGCAUAUAAAACAAGGAAAAACAUUCAUUAACUUCACAAGAAUAAAACCAAGAUGAAUUCCGCCCUUUUCUUCUGCAUUUUCUUGUCCACUUGCAUCAAUAUCUGCCUGGCUGAUACCGAUAAUCUUCAGGAUACUUGUCCAACGGCUACUACAGGCAAGCAAACUGUCUUCAUCAAUGGCUUCCCUUGCAAGAACCCAAACAGCAUCGUUGCUUCAGAUUUCAAGUCAUCAAAACUGAGUAGUCCAGGUGACACAGACAACUUCCUCCAUUCCUCGGUGACCUUCAACACUGCUGCGGAUUUUCCAGGUCUAAACACUCUCGGCCUCUCAAUUGCUAGGACCGACCUUGAAGUUAGUGGUUUGAUGAUGCCUCAUUCCCACCCAAGAGCAUCCGAGAUGUUCUUCGUUAGCAAAGGUGUGGUGAUUGCUGGUUUUAUUGACACCCAAAACAAACUGUUCCAAAAAACUCUCCAGCCAGGAGAAGUUUUUGUGUUUCCUCAAGGUCUGCUCCACUUCUGUGUCAAUAAUGGCUUUAACUCCGCUGUUGUUUUCUCAGUACUCAAUAGCCAAAACCCAGGGACGGUAAAUAUUGCUGAUGCAAUGCUCGAGUUUGAUGACGAUACGUUAAAUAAGCUAGUAAGGAAAAUAAAAUCUGUUGCUGCCUUGGAGGUCAAUGCACAUGGCAUUCAAAAUGCGACCCUGACUAGGUUUUAGCAUCUUUACAGUCAGUAAUCAGAACAUUAUAAGUUCUGACAUACGAGCCAAGUGUACAUCUAUUUCUGUGUGUUUUCUCAAUAGUUAAAAACGUUCAUUUGCUCAAAUGGCUUCCGGUGCUGGUAUGAAUGUGUGUAAAACAAGAAUAUUAGCAACAGUCUGUGUGUUUUUCAACCUGAGUGCUAGUAAUUAUCUAACUAAAUUCACAAUGUUUGUGUCAUUUAAUCACAGUUUCAUCAAGACUUUCCUCGAGUUAUGCC